AUGUUUUGCGUCGGCAGGAUACUCUAUCUUCAACGCUUUUCUCAAUCUCAAAUGGGUCUCUUUGGAGGCAUGCGGCGUUCUCGCCGACCAGAUUGCGAACUAGAUCCCUUCAACUACACAACCGGCCGCUGGUUGCGUCGCGAUGCGCAAGAGCGUGCUGCACGCUGCAUUCGCUUUGAUUUCGACGCGCUUUGUCGGCGGGUCGUUGCACUGUGUCCUGGGGCCACGGCCGUCACUGGGUACAGCAAGAAAGAAGGAGGUUUCAAUCGCAUCUUCGUUUUUCACACCGACAAUGCGAAGCGUGUUGUCGCCAGACUGCCUUUUGCCGUUGCGGGACCCCGCAGAUUGACGACGGCGUCCGAAGUAGCGACGAUACGGUUCUUACAGGAGAAAACCAACAUUCCUAUCCCAAAGAUCCUGGAUUGGAGCGACGACGCUUCCAAUGCCAUUGGUGCCGAGUACAUCAUCAUGGAGCAUGCGCCGGGCAUUUCCUUGUCGGAAAAAUGGCCCAGUAUGGGUGUGGGAGAGCAGAUUCGGUGUAUAGAGGCGAUAUUCCAGACGCUGAAGGAGCUGGAUGACAUGCAGUUUCCGGCGUACGGCAGCUUGUACUUUGCGGAUACACGGUAUAUCGCUGGUCGCUCGCUGCCGUUUACCCACGACUUUUGUAUUGGUCCGCACUGUGGAGUCAUGUAUUGGGACUGUAGCGUUGGACAGGCGAGAUACGGUCGCGAUGAUGAUGCUAACCAAGGACCCUGGCGUCAUCUCCCGGCCUACAGUGACGCUCUCAUAGACACUGGGCUUGCACGGCUUCCGGCAACUGACGCAGCUCUACAACAACGACCACGCUACCACGGCUCUGUCCAAACACAUCGUCAAAUCCUCGAGCAGGGCCGCACAGUCCUCAGCAAAAUAGCCGUGGACGCUCGUGUAACAAACGCAGCUACCCCCAUGCUAUUCCAUCCCGACCUGCACAAACGCAACAUCUUCGUCUCAGAAGCAGACCCCACCAUCGUCACCGCUAUACUCGACUGGCAAGCCUCCAGCAUCGAGCCGUCAUUCAGCUACGCAGACUCAACACCAGACUUUGCGCAGCCCGCUCCUGAUCCCGCGAAGAGCGAGCGUAUCGAGCCCAAGAGCGAGGCGUGUGCCGGAGCAUUCGACGCCUGCAUUCAAUUCUUAGUUCCUAAACUACGAACUGCGAGAGCAAUCGAUGAAGGCUUGAUCCGUCCGUUCCGCUAUGCACAUCGCACGUGGAACGACGGCGCUGUGGCGUUCCGCGAAGAACUCAUCCAGACGUCGCUCCACUGGAAAGAACUCGGGCUCGCGGGUACAUGUCCGUUUGCGCAGCCGUGUGCUGACGAACUUGCGCAGCACCAGCGCGAUUACCGCCGCUUUGAAGCUGCGCACCAGCUCAGGCAUGCUGUUUCUCAGCUGCUCAAUACGGCGUCUGACGGCUGGGUUCCUGCGGACGCCUGGGCAGCGACUGAGCGUGCGCAUCGCGAGUUGUUUUUCGGAAUGCGGGCUGCAGUGGUGGGAAACGAGAUGCCCGAGGAUGAUGAGCCGAUUAGAAGCGAAGACGAGCUGAGAGAGAUUUGGCCGUUUGAUUUGCAUGUGUGA